UUCUGUAUUUUUCUCCAAUUGUUGUGCGUCUUAUUUACUCGGAAGAGAACAUGUGCGAGCAUUUUUUUUUUUUCAGUGAGAAGGGGGGGGGGACUUAAGAGACGGUUUUUGUAGUGGUUGAAUAUUAUGUUGUGUUCAUUUUCAGGCAAAAGGAAAUGAAGAAAACAAUGUCGGCUAAACUACUGCACGACACCACCAGUGCCGCGAGCGAUACUUCUGCUUCUGAAGAUGCCGGCAUAGUCAGCAACGACGCCGUUGCUGUCGAAGAAUGUCACACACAGGAGGCAAGUGCUCCUUACUACGAAUUUAAGCGCUUAUCGCUCAAAGCAGUAAAAAUGUUUUUCCAUGCAGGCAUCCACAAUGACAGAGGGGCCAAACGAGUGCGUCAUGGGUGAACUUAUCUUCCUGUCCACCACGUCUAGUGGUAAUGCGAGUUGCUAUGUGUGCCACCGGGCUGUGUCGACUACAGAUCAAGGAACCAUCUGCGACAUUAAGGUUUCCGACAAGUGUGUGGGUCCAGUGCAGAAAAUGCCAUUCUUCGGUGGCUUUCGGGCUCUUGGGAGUAACGAAUCAGCGCUGCAAGCAUUCACAUCAGUUUCAUUUCAAGUUUUUGCGCUGUUUCUAAGUAUUCUUCCUUCCUCAAGACAAAGAGUGGCUGAGCUUUCUCUCCAAGACAAGCUCCUUCUCUUCUUCAUCAAGAUGAAACAUGGUGUUCCUUUUUCUUUUUUAGCUGCAUUGUUUUGCAUCCAUCGCUCAACACCAUCUCGAAUGUUUAAAUCUGUUCUUAGCAACCUCAAGACUGCUACAAGAGAUUGGAUAUUUUGGCCGUCACGUGCCGCAGUACGCAAAACUAUGCCUGCAAGUUUUCGCGCUUUUUACCCAAUGUGCAGGGUAAUUAUCGAUUGCACUGAAUUGGAAACGGAAAUGCCGCGAGGAAUAGAGGAGAGAAACCUUUGGUAUUCGCAAUAUAAGGGAAGGUAUACAUUAAAGUAUUUAAUUGGCAUUUCACCAAAUGGAGCAAUUACAUUCCUCUCUGAAGGAUUUGGUGGCAGAGCUACUGAUGCUACACUAACAGUUGAAGGUCAGUUUUUAGCAAUGUUGGAGCCUGGUGACGUCGUACUAGCUGACAAGGGCUUUCCAGGUAUUCGUACUGGUGUUGGUGACCAGCAGGCAACCUUAGUUAUGCCACCAUUUGCAACCAGUCCCCAGUUCACUGAACUUAUACUGGAAGCCUGUUCG